AUGACUACGUUGAAUUCGCUGGAAGUUCAAGGAAUACGAUCAUUCUCUCCAGACAAGCUUGAAUGUUUAUACUUUGAAAAACCGUUAACUUUGAUCGUUGGACAUAAUGGUUCCGGUAAAACAACCCUUAUAGAGUGUCUUAAGGCUGUAACGAGCGGAAUCUUACCACCAAAUUCUGAUAAGGGAAAAUGUUUUGUCUAUGAUUACAGGCUGAAUAAUUCAAAUGAAGUAAGAGGACAUAUUAAGCUCUCAUUUACAACAUUUAACAACGAAAAGGUAUCAGUUUCACGAUCAUAUAGUAUUGCUGGAGACAAAUACAACCAUAAAAAGACAACAUUCAAGGGAACCGAGAAUAUUCUAGAGGUUGAAUUGCACAAUGGAAAGGUAAUAUAUGACAAUCAUAUUCAAAUCCAACAGAAAAGAUGUGUAACGAUGAAAACAACUGAUAUUGAUCUAACUCUACCGUCACUUAUGGGAUUUACAAGAGCAAUAAUAGACAAUGUAAUAUUCUGUCACCAGGAUGAAAACAACUGGCCAUUAGACGAUUUAGCAAAAGUUAAAGCACGUUUUGAUGAUUUAUUAGAAACUUCAAGAUAUACAAAAGCACUUGUAGUUAUAAAUAAAGCUAAGAAAGAACAAGAAGAUGUAAUUAGAAACAAACAGAAACAACUGGAAAUUUAUAAAUCUCAAAUUUUGCAGAUUGCAGAUAUAAAGAAACAACUUGAUAAUGAUAAGGAUGAUAUUAUAAAAACUAAACUUGAAAUAGAGGCAUUAGAAAACAGCUUAAAGCAAUCUACAGAGAUUUUAACAACUCUCAAAAGCAAAUACGAUAAAAUAGCAUCAAAUUUAGAUGAAUACAGAAAUACAGAAGGUUUUUAUCUUAAAACAAAAGAAGAACAUGACAAAUUACAUGAAUCUUUAGCUGAAAUAUAUGAAGAAUCAUUGGACGACAUAAAACAAUAUCAUGCGACUUUAACGGCUGAAUUGAGAACGUCAGAAUCAAAAAAUUCCAUACUUUCCGGAAACAUUGAAAAACUGGUCAGAUCACUGAAUGAUGCACAUAUGAAGCUCAGAGAAUCAAAGGAUAUCAAGAAUAGUUAUUUUGUUUUGACAGAAACAAAAAGAUCUGCUGAAGAGAUGCUAAAAAAAACUACUACUGAACUUAUCUCAGAACUUAAUAUUAUAGAUGAAACUAAUAUUUCUGAAAUUGAAUUGAAAAUUAAAACCCUUUCUGAUAUCUCUAUGACUGAGAAAAACUUUAUGGAUAAAAUAAAGGAGUGUGAUGAUGAAAUGAGAUCACUGGAAGUAGAAUUGGUUUCAAUGAUAGCUGAACAAAAAACAAUAAACAUCUCCAUGAAAUCACUAGAGAAUGAAAUUGUUACCAUUAAAAACUCACUAUCUGAACGUGAUAACUUAUAUAAAAGGCAAGAUUAUUUGAAACAAAGAAUUGGUGCUACAAAAGAUGAUAUAUCCGAUGAUGUGAAAAUACGUGAAGAAUUAUUGAAUAAAAGAAAUACUCUAAAAAUUGAAGGGUAUAAGAUUAAGAACACAAUUUCUAGAGUAAAUGUAACUGAUGAAGAGAUAAAAAGUGGAAUAACAUUGUUGAAAUCUAUAGUAGAUAAUGAUAAAGAAAGCAUAUUAUUAUAUUUAAAAACUUUGUCAAAUUGUAACAUAGACAGGAAUAAGCUUUUGAGUACUAUAAAAAGAAUAGUAGAGGAAUCAUUCCAAAGAAGCGAUGCUGAGGAACUUGAGAAUUUAAUUAUAUAUAAAGAAGCAACAAAUACGUUUUUUAAUGAUUUUGUAAAUAUGGGCAUGUGCAAAAGCUGUAAAAAUAUAAUAAUAAAUUCUACCUCAAUAGAAUCUAGAAAUAUCUUUGAACCAUAUGAUGGGCUUGUAAAGUUAAUAACAAAUGCAAGAAUAGAAGAAUAUCUAUCCUACUAUGAUUAUAUAAUUAAUAAUCAUUCUAAUGAAGAAGCAUCAAAAGAAGAAAUUCAGAAACAACUUGUAAGUGUUUGUGAACAAAUUGAAUUAAAAGACAAAGAAAUAACCAAUAAAAAAAAUGAACUUGAAAGAUGCAUGAAUGAACACGAAUCAGUAUCGUGUAAAAUUGAUGAAUUUAAUGUAUUAGAUACAAAAAUGUUAAACUUGCAAAAACAUUUGGACAAUACUAUGGAAGAUACUCAAAACAUUGAAGUUAAACUGGAAAUCCUAAGAAACAAAAUAAAUGGCGUAUCUAAUAAUCGCAACCUACUAAAAACUGAACUAGAUGAAUUUCAAAAUAAGAAGAAUCUCAAGAAUUCUAAAAUAUCAAUGUUAUAUAAACAGUACAGAGAUAUUAAAGAUCGGCUGAAUAAUAUAGAGAAUGAAAUAACUAUUUUUGGUUCAUAUGAUAUAAAUAAUGAUGAUAUAGAAACACGUAUAACUGAAAUCAAUGAUGAAAUAAAGGAAAAAAUGAAGCUUAAAACGGAACUUAACGACAAAAUAAAUGAACAUAAACGUGUUAUUGAUCUGCUUCAUCAAAAUAUAGAAUAUAAGACCAAACAUGAACUAUUGUGUAGUAGUGAAGAGAAACUCCAUGAAAUUAAGAAACAAAUAGGUGAACAGAACAUAGAUGGACUUGAUUUUGAAAUAACUAAAAUGAAUCGCGAAUGCGCAGAAAUAACCCUCAAAAUAGCUACUUUAAAUGGAAUGGUUCUUACAAAGGAGGAACAUGUUGACAAAUUAAACACUCUUCUUGAAUCAAAAUCGAUUAAAAAUGCUCAAAAAAUGUAUACCGAAACAUGCAUAGAGCUUAAAUCACAUCAUAUGACAAAAGAAGACUUAGAGAGAUAUUCAAAAGUCUUAGAAUCUGGGUUACACAAAUACCACUCAGAGAAGAUAGAUUAUAUAAAUAAUGUUUUGAAAAGAGUUUGGAGAGAUGUUUAUAGUGGGAAUUAUAUUGAUUAUAUUGCAAUACAAUCAAAUGUUGAUGAAAAUAUAUCGCUUAGCGAAUUGACAUCAAAGUCAUAUAAUUAUAGAAUUAUUAUGGUUUUACAAAAUGGUAUGAAAAUGGACAUGAAGGGCCACUGUUCAGCUGGAGAGAGAAUAUUAUCCUCACUAAUUAUCCGAAUCGCAUUAAUUGAAAGUUUUAGUGAAAACUGUGGUAUUUUAGCUCUUGAUGAACCAACCACAAAUUUAGAUAAAGAAAAUAUAAGGAGCUUGGAGCUUUCAUUAUCAAAAUUAGUGAACGAAUCAUUCCACAAUUUUCAACUCAUCAUAAUCACACACGAUGAAGAAUUCGCAAAAAGGAUGGCUACACUAUGUUCUUGUGACAAAUAUUUCCGACUGGACAAAUGUAAUGAUAAAACAAAAAUCAAAAUAGAGAAAAUUUAA